AUGGCUAUCAUCAAUUAUUUGAACACCGUGAAGGAGGACAGUGGAUAUGAUUCUUCCACUAACGAUAAAAAUGAUGAAGAAGAGGAAUCUCCUCGUCGGAAUGUCAUCCCUGGAUACCAUAUGGUCCGAGGAAAAUUGGGCCAUGGAAUGGAAGAUUAUGUAGUGGCAGAAAAUAGGAAAAUCAAUGGCCAUAUGUUAGGGCUUUAUGCGAUCCCUUCGCUGCUAUAUUCUUGGACAUAUAAGGUUACUGAUAAUGAGAUUGUGGAUAGAAUAAUUGGUUCUCGAGGAGGGUCAACAGCAGUUACAGCAAUACUAGUUGAUAAAGAGAAUUUAAUUGUGGCCAAUGUUGGUGAUUCUCGGGCUAUCUUAUGCAGAAAUGGUGUGGCAAUACAAAUCUCAGUAGAUCAUGAUCCCCAGAAGGAGAAAGAACACGUUAAAAGCAAGGGUGGAUUUGUGUAUGAAGCGCCAGAUGUUCCGCGUGUGGACGGGCAGUUAGAGAUGGCGAGGGCUUUCGGUGAUGGGAGAUUAAAAGAGCAUAUCAGACCAGAUAUAAUGAUUGAACAUAUUGAUGAAGAUACUGAAUUCAUAACUUUGGGGAGUGAUGGCUUGUGGAAGGUGAUGUCAAACCAAGAGGCUUAUGAUUGCAUUGCCGAUCUGGAAGAUGCUGAAGAGGCAGCAAAAAAGUUGAUUGAAGAGGCAUUAGCCAGGGGAAGCAUGGAUGAAAUCUCUUGCAUGGUUGUAGCUUUUCUCUAAUCAUGUUCUUGUUAGGCUCUGGACAACAUCUGAGCACUUGUCUUCGCUUUUUACUGUUGUCAACUGUUUUAUCAGGCAUAGAUUUAAGGACUCCUACUUUUCCUGUUUCUUUUUCCUGACAUUCGUGAGGUGGAUGAGUACAUUAGGAUAUUUAGGGUUCGUUUGACUGGCCUAUAGAGGCUAGUCCAUUCCCUGCCAUUCCAAGAAUCUGCAUGUCACCCA